CCGCCUGGUGGGGAUGGAACAAGCUGUACAGUUGACUGUGUCCUAGGGAGGUAAUGAGUUGGUGUACUUGUUCUUCGUUCCCGACAGGAGAACCACUGUCUGCGGAUCAAGAUCCUGGGAGACUGCUACUACUGUGUGUCAGGGCUGCCAGAGGCCAGAGCCGACCACGCCCACUGCUGCGUGGAGAUGGGGAUGGACAUGAUCGAGGCCAUCUCGCUGGUGCGCGAGGUGACCGGGGUGAACGUGAACAUGCGAGUGGGCAUCCACAGCGGCCGGGUGCACUGCGGCGUGCUGGGACUCAGGAAGUGGCAGUUCGACGUCUGGUCCAACGACGUCACUCUGGCCAAUCAGAUGGAGGCCGGGGGCCAGGCCGGGCGUAUCCACAUCACCAAGGCCACUCUGGACUAUCUGAACGGGGACUACGAUGUGGAGGACGGAGAGGGGGGGGAGAGGAACGCCUACCUGAAGACGCACAACAUAGAAACCUACCUCAUUGUGGGCUGCAGUCAGAAAAGGGUACGGUCCUCAUCUUUAUCUGAAGCUAGGAGCACGCGUAACAAGAUGCACCACAGCUAAGGCUCGUUAUAUUAUGUAUUUAAAGCUGCAUGCAUUGAUCUUCAUCCACUAGGGGGCAGAAUAACUCCACAUGGCUGCUCUGUGAGCAAACAUGACACAUUUCAUCAUAUUCACCCCGUUGGUGUCACGUUUCUGUCCACUGAACGAUUAUAAAUCUCUUCUUUUAGAUCCAUCAACAUCGGACUCUUUAGCUGCUAGCACAAGCUCAAUUAUUUAAUUCAUAAUUUAAGAGAAUUAAUAAAUGCAGCUUUAGGAGAACUCUGAAACGUAUUGUUGUCUGUUUUGAAUAUUAAGAACUGGAGGAAAUAACCAUGUUAACAUAAUAAAGUAGAAAUAUUCUUUAAAUCUUUAGAUUGAUUCACAGUUUAUUAUUUAUUAGUUGAUUCAUAAACAGAAGCGUUUCACAGUUCUCUUCACUGGAGGACGAGGUUUACUGAGAGAAACUGUUUGAUGAUGAGAAACAUAAAAUCUGUAAAAUCAACUUUAUUUUGGUCAAAAUCUUUAAAAACUGAAAACAAUGAGCCUUAAAUGAAUUAUUCUCCCACAAAAUAAUCAUUUGCAACAUCAAGCGUGCACAGGUGCGCUAUUGGUUCAUGCAGAAGUGUAAAAUAUUUAGGUUUUGUGAAGAUGCAAGUUCGCUUUAACGAGGAAUGAGACCUCGAAGUUUUCCUUCAAGCAAACAUGUUGGUCGUCUUUAACUCUGCAGGACAUGAAGCUGAACUUACAUGUUCAUUAAAGCUUGAAACAUCACAACAUAACAAACCCACGAGGCCUCCUGAGUGUGCUCAUUAUAAACCUUCUGUCUCUAAACAUCCUGCUCAUAUCGCUGUUUAGCAGCGGAGGUUCUGGUCCCAUGUGGACUGGGACUUCAUCUCCGCCUCGUCUCUUUGUGACUGGACCGCUUCUAUCGGCCGUCUUUGUCCUCCGGCAGCAUCACAAGCUGCGGCUAAAGAUAGCGCGUCAUGUGAAGUGAUAUCUUCUUCUUCUCUAUUUAUUCUGCUGCUCGUGCUCAGAGACAGAAGGCAGAUUGUGCCGUCUAAUGAUUUUUUGGUUUCUUAUUGUAAACUAUUUCUGAGAAAGAGCUCCUGGACCCAGUUUGCGGUUGUGAUAUCAGAUCUGUAAGAAAUGAAAUAGUAACACCUCUGGAAAAGAUCUUUUAAUAUUACAAGAAGAGCAGAAAUGUUCUGAGCAUGAAGAUACAGCAGCAAUACAUCUGUAGUGUUGGAGGAGUUUUGUAAGAGUCUGCUUCAGGGAGAUGAAUCAUUAUUAAUAUAAUGUGAAGCCAACAAGCAGCACAUUGAGAAUCCAUCUUUGUUUAGUGUGCACGUUUUACAUUAUGGUGUGCAUGUUUUACAUUAUGGUGUGCACGUUUUACAUUGUGAU